GAAAUGGCCAGCGGUUAAUAACUCAGUCCUAAUCUUACUCUUUUACAUGUAACGCCUUGAAGAAGUCGUGUUCCUUCUGUACGACGUGGUGACUUAUCACAAAUCGAAGUCUCAAAAAGAUGAAACAACAUUUUUCUCUACAUGGUGAUAAAUGGAUCCCCACCAAACAAAUUGAUAGUAUGUGGGAAUUUUUCAAAGCUGUAGACUGGACUGAACAUUGGUUGAUAGGUCUGAUUGUUUUCCACACGGCAACAUUCCUAUGUGUUAUUUGCACAAGAAAAUACACUAACUUUCAAAUCGUCUUAUUCUUGUUGCUAUUGGGACUGGCAUUUGCUUCAGAACAAAUCAAUACCUUAGGAGCGCAACACUGGAGGACCUUUGCAAAGGAGCAGUAUUUUGAUUCAGCUGGUUUGUUCAUAACAGUUGUGUAUUCAGGUCCAAUACUUCUAAACUGCUUUGUUUUGACAGUCUCCUGGCUGUGGACAGCGUGGAAAAUGAUGAUAGUGGUAAAGAGAGGACAACUUAAAGAACUGAAGAAGAAGGAAAGAGAAGAAAAAAAAUCACAAUAAGAUCAAGAGUAUAGAAUGCUAAUAUUAAGUGUUUAUAUUUAUUGAGAAAAAAAAGGAUUCUCUCUUGCUA